CGUAAAAGAGUCAACGUCCAGCUCUUUCCUCUCUGCUACCACAUCUUUAUGUUCCAUGAGAGCUGAGUGGACCCUUUUCUUGGGAUAGCCUCGAUGCGGCAGGUUGUUGACUUGGGUAUUAGCACCUUCAAGUGUGCUCGGCUCGGACAGUGUUUGCUAUCCAAUACAACAGUAACCGUUGCAUAUCAGAAUGACACCACAGAUGCACAUGGAUUAUCGAGCAAGGGAUUAGAUUUGACGACAGCCUGGGUGAUCGUUGAGCGUGAAUUGACAGUGAACGUGCGUCUUGAGACGAAUUGUAGCUUGGUAAACAGCCUGCCCGUCAUUGUUAAGCAAUUGGUUGAUACGCUGGAGAAUUCUUUGACUAGAGUUUACUCUUAUCUUCGCGUGUCUAGGAGGUCACAUGAGUGGUAUACUUUUGCAGACAACAUUACUGUUCAACUGUCAAUGGUUCUGAAUGAAACUUUUGGUCGUCCACGAGACAAGCUACGUGGCAGGUUGCCUCGUCAGGUUCGAGGAUGUACAUUGGCAGACCCACGCCCACCUCCAGGAAUCCCGACUUACGCGUUGUCCAGCAUCACCAUCCAUCUAAGGAGUCCCCUUCAUUACAGGCCCUGGGACAUAUUCUUGACAAAAAUAUGGUUACAGGAUUUCCCCAAGAAUCCACUUUCUGAAAAUAAUAAUGCAAGUUACGAGGAAUCGAGCCCAAACGGUCAACUUAUUAUUUUGCGUCCGCACGAAAUGCCAUCCAAUUCUUUCCCUUUCGAGAACACACCCAGUCAACAUCCCCAGCGUGAUUCUGCAGAGUUCACAGACCAGAAAUCCGUUUGUCGAGUUUUUGAAGAGAAUGAAAACAGUUUAUUCGUGAAAAGCUGGAAGUUUGGUUCUCUGCUGGACUAUUCAAUUCGAAGCCUUAUCUUUGGACAAGCAGAACAGUGCCUGGAGAAAAUUGAUGAAACUAGGAGUGCCGAAUGCCUCAGAAUAUCUGAAAUAGCGCCUUCAAUUCUCAGACCAGGCUAUUAUGAUAAUAUCCGUCAUAGGGCAGGUCUUGUACCGGUUAUUGCCAAGUCAAUUACAUCGAUGUUUCAUAAAGUUUUAUCCCCUAGGUCAACUGUGAAGCUUACUUCUAUCGAGUGUCGCCUAAAUGUUCAGUAUGGAUAUACCACCAGUUGCGCAAAUAAUAAUUUUCGGCCUAUGAUAAGGCGUACGGUGUGGACUGCUCUUCAAAGCGGAGUGUAUAUGACAAAAUCUGUCCUGAAACCAUCACUUACAAACCCGGCCACGAUUUCUCUGGCCGAUGACAAUAUGCUAAUGGAGGAAUGUGGGACAGGGCAGGGGUCAGAUGAUGUCUCUUUGUUUUCGUCGGAGCACAUGAUGUCCGAUGUGGUAGAUAAUCAAGCGGAAAAUUGGAAUGACUGUGUUAUGAUUCCUUCACCACAAGCACAAGGGACAUUGAUAUCGUUCUCCGAACCAGAAAUCAACAAAAAGUGGGAUGGCGAAAGCUUAACAAGCGCUUGGGAAACACAGAAGUCUAAUUACGCACCUAAGUAUGAACUUUCUGGGGAGGCAGAAGAAUCCAUUUGUUGGACAUCGCAGGUACCGGAUACGACGUCAGACAUCAUGUUGGAGCAUGCGAUUUCUAGUGGAACAUCUAUAGAUGAAGGCGUCACCAGUUCUUUUAGGUGGGAUGAAGAUUGUCUAAUGGACGACGCAGUUUCACACUCGAACCUUUGUUCUUCACUGUAUACGACUAGCGGAGAUUCGCUUUACAUGUCAACGAAGUCCACACCACCCACAGGCAUUGCUGAUAUUCUAACAUCAGAUUUGGCGCACAAUCCAGAUGAGGAGAUAGGCGAUAUUGGAAAUAUUUUGAGCAUAUAAUAUCGAGAAUGUUGAGAUGAGAAAGCUGAGAUAUCGGGACUUAAUAAAGAUUACGCAAAGC